CCUUUCCCUCCCUCUCCCCUGUUUAAGAGUCAGGCAGGGCGGCACAACUGAAGGCAAAUCCCCACAUACUGAUAGAUGUGACACUUGGAAGUGAGGAUCCACUCGAGUCACUGACUGGCAUCCUCCAGAGCACCGUCCCUCUGUAAGGUCCAUGGGUUGGAAAGACUGUGAGAAACCCCGGAAUGGAGCGGGAGGCUCAGACACUCUCUGUGCCCUGGGGGAGGGAAGGCACCGGGAGCCGGAGAUCGAGGACAGGGGGCAGUGGAGCAACAAGGUGGAGUUUGUCCUCUCCGUUGCCGGGGAGAUUAUCGGAUUGGGCAAUGUCUGGAGAUUCCCUUAUCUCUGCUACAAAAAUGGCGGCGGGGCAUUCUUCAUCCCCUACCUCAUCUUCCUCUUCACCUGUGGGAUCCCGGUUUUCUUUCUGGAGACGGCGCUGGGUCAGUACACCAGCCAGGGAGGAAUCACUGCAUGGAGGAAAAUCUGCCCCCUCUUUGAAGGUAUUGGCUACGCAUCCCAAGUGAUAGAAGGCUACCUGAAUAUCUAUUAUAUCGUUAUACUCGCCUGGGCCUUAUUCUACCUCUUCAGUUCCUUCACUGCUGAGCUGCCCUGGGCAACAUGCAACAAUACAUGGAACACAGAACAUUGCAUUGACUUCGUUGGGAAAUCUGAGAACUUUACGUCCCUGGAGAACUCAACAUCAUCCGUUGUGGAAUUCUGGGAAAGGCGGGUCCUGCAUCUGUCAGAGGGUAUCGAACACCUGGGCAACGUUCGGUGGGAUCUGGCUCUGUGUCUACUUCUGGCCUGGAUUAUUUGUUACUUCUGUAUUUGGAAAGGGGUGAAAUCCACAGGAAAGGUUGUAUAUUUCACAGCAACGUUCCCCUAUGUAAUGCUGAUCAUCCUAUUGGUCCGUGGGGUCACCCUACCAGGAGCGUAUGAAGGCAUUAUUUUUUAUCUGAAACCAGACAUGACUCGGCUUCAGGAUCCCCAGGUUUGGAUGGAUGCCGGAACACAGAUCUUCUUCUCCUAUGCCAUAUGCCAGGGGUGCCUGACUGCACUGGGGAGUUACAAUAAGUAUAACAACAACUGUUACAGGGACUGCAUUGCCCUUUGCUUCCUGAACAGCAUAACCAGCUUUGUGGCUGGCUUUGCCAUCUUCUCCGUUUUGGGGUUUAUGGCUCAGGAGCAAGGGGUCCCCAUUUCGGAGGUGGCUGAGUCAGGACCGGGCCUGGCUUUCAUUGCAUAUCCCAAAGCAGUCACCAUGAUGCCCGUGUCGCCACUUUGGUCCUGUCUCUUCUUCCUUAUGCUCAUCUUCCUGGGGUUGGACAGUCAGUUUGUCUGUGUGGAGAGCCUGGUCACCGCCAUUGUAGACAUGUUCCCUCACGUGUUCAGGAAGAAAUACCGCAGAGAGUUCUUCAUUCUUGCAGUUGCCGUGAUCUGCUAUCUUUUGGGCCUCAUCCUCUUGACUGAGGGUGGAAUGUAUGUCUUCCAACUCUUUGACUAUUAUGCUGCCAGCGGUACCUGUCUGCUCUUCGUUGCAAUAUUUGAAGUUAUCUGCGUGGGUUAUGUGUACGGUGCAAACCGAUUUUAUGAUAACAUAGAAGACAUGAUUGGUUACCGGCCAUGGCCUCUGGUGAAAUACUGUUGGCUGUUUGCCACCCCGGCAGUUUGCCUGGGGACCUUCUUGUUUUCUCUAAUCAAAUAUAGCCCCCUGAAGUACAAUAAUCGCUAUGUUUACCCAUCCUGGGGAUACGCUAUCGGAUGGCUUAUGGCACUUUCUUCCAUGAUCUGCAUACCUAUCUAUGCCUUUUAUAUCAUCUUGAGGACCAAAGGUUCCUUUACACAGAGGCUGAAACAGUUGGUGACCCCUCACACUGACCUUCCACAACCCAAGAAGUAUCUCAAAGACCGUGCCGAUCCAAAACAAAUAGAGGUUUUAGGCCUGGAAGCCAAGGACGGACUUAUUGUGUCUAAGAAGGAAACACAGUUUUAAAGAUCCACCAACCUCUGUUGUGGCCAGGAGGUAUUCACUGCCUGGAAGCCUAGUCCUGCUGCACAGUAUCUCAGGCAGCUCACAGUGUGGGUUUAGUAGGUACUAAGGAGAGGAAAGUCUCUGCAGUUCCUCUGUUCCUGUGGAACUUCACGUUGGAAAGCCCUUGCUGCUUAUAUUCUAUAGACAACAUAGUGUAGAGACAUUUUUUCUUUAUUUAUCUUAUAACCUAGAUCCAGUGUUGGACUGGGACCCCAGGGGCCCACCAGAAAACCUUAGACCCUAGGCUCACUCUCCAAACUAUUUUUCCUCACCCAACCUCUUUAUUCGCCCAGUCUCUUUUAUUUCCAUGCUAGCAUCUAUUCUUCCAUCUAUCUAUUCUCUUUGUCCCCAUUCAGAAAUAGGGAAUGCCCAUGGAGUAGGCCAAAUGGGCAGGAGCAGGAGAGCCCACUGACACCUGGGCCCACAGGGAGUUUUCCUGGUAUCCUGGUGGGCCAGAUCCAAACAUAUCCAAAGCCUUUUCAAGGAUUUAAGAAGUAUCUUGCAGAGCAACCACCCUGUAGUUGGAUGCCUUGGGAUUUCUAUUGGUGUCAAACAACCACUCAGGAUUGAGAGUCUCUCUAAAAUACUUUCGGACACCCAACUCCAAAUCUAGCGCAGUUAACUGGCCAAACUGGCCAAUAAAAUCCAACCGUGAGUGGGCCGAUCGGUCAUUUAGUCGAACGGCCAGGUUAGAUCAUUUCGUCAGCUAUCUACAAUCGAAGUCACUUUCAUAUGAUUGGUGAUUCAUGUUCAGAACAUCCUCUGAUUUGUAUUUUAAUGUACGCAUUUAAACACAUGACCGAUAUCCAAAUGUUUGUCGGAAGAAGACUAAAAUCUGUACGAGCGUGGCCACCAUUACCCUAGAAGAAAACAUUACCUUCUUCUUCUUGCAAGCGGUUUCUUCUGGAUGAACCACGUUUAGCCUCUUCCUAAAAAUGGACUCUUACAGUAGAAGUUGCUUUCAUUUUCCUGAAUAUUUAGUCUAAAAGUCCAUUGUGAUGGCAGAUGAGUCUGUUUUGAAGGCUCCCAUGAACUUAAGGUCCCCCCAUACACGGGCCGAUUGUUGCUGCCGAUAUGGGUCCCUUAGACCGACUCAGCAGCUUAUCGGCCCGUGUAGGGGCACUACCGACGGGCCUGUCCGACCGAUAUCUGGCCUGAAAUCGGACAGAUAUCGAUCGGGCAGGUUAAAAAAUCUAGUCGGAUCGGGGGGGCCGCAUUGGCUCGUUGAUGCGGUCCCCAAACCGACUUUAACUAUACCCGUUGUCAUAAUUCAAUCGUUUGGCCCCAGGGCCAAACGAUCAAAUUAUCCUGGGUCUCCCGAUAUCUCCCACUCAUAGGUGGGGAUAUCGGGCCGUGUGUGGGGACCUCUAUAUCUAUUCAGUAGUAGCAACCCCACAAAAAACACAUAUGGUCUUACGGUCUACUUGUUACAUGCCACAACUGUUGACCCAUAUGUGCCAAAUGCUAUAAAAAAAUCAAUAAAUUCCAACCACCCCUAAUAGAAUCCCUCAUUUAAGCUGGUUACUUCAGGUCCUGCCCACUUGCCCAACCCUUACUUCCAUUUAGCCACAAAUUACGACUGAAUGAGUAAGUUUGCACCAGUCCAUAGCAUCCAGUCAGAUGGUGGCUUUCAAAUAAGGGGGAAAGAUUGUGCCAUGGGUUAAUAGACCUGGCACAUUACCCACCGUAUAGAAGAAGCCCCUAAAAAAGCCAACCCAUCCUUUUAGUUGAAUAUGUUACAAAGCCCUUUGGGCUCUCUACUCUUGAUGAGCAAAAUUAUUUGAAGACUCACUGGGGGUCAUUUAUCAACACUGGGCAACACAUUGCCUGUGGGCAGUAACCUAUGGCAACCAAUCAAAUUGUUGCAUUCAUUGUUCUACCUGUAGUUGUCUGAAAAAAAGCCAAUCAAUUAUUGGUUGCUAUGGGUUGCUGCCCAUGGGCAAAUUUGCCCACUGUUGAUAAAUGAGCCCCACUAAGAACCUUAGUCUAUGUUCUUUUGGUUAAGAGGGAAAAAAGCCAAAAGAACAUAGACUAUAGACUGUCUGGCUAUAGCUUCCUUAUUGAACUGCCCAGGAGCCUAUAAGAUGGCUGCUUUCCCAUUGAGCUUCUGGCAUUUUAUUGGCUAACCUGUAUGAAUGCUUAAUUAGGAAUCUCAGCACACCAAACUGAAGAUAAAGAUAAGUUAGCAAUUCCUUUCCAUUGCGCAUAGAGCAUUUUUGUUUAUAUAAAAAUGGAGUACUUAGUUCUCUUUUUGAGUUUUGUAAACUGAUGCUUUUAUUUAUCUAGUCUAUCCUAUAUUGCUGGGGGCACUGUGACCUAUAUUGCUGGGGUCAAUGUGCAAUGAAAUUCUUCAUGUGACUUAAGAACAAUACACAUUACUUUUAAAGUGGGUGACUAUGAAGAUUUUUAUUCAUCCAGGUCAUGGUAUAUCUAGUACAGGUAUGGGACCCCUUAUCCAGAAACCUG